AUGGAUGUCCUUCUCUCCCUCCCCAUCGUGUCCUACCUCCUCGGACCGGGCGCCGCCACGUCGUGGUCAACGUCCAUCAACGUCCUCUUCUUCUACCUGACCUGGACCACGCUGGUCCUGUCCUAUGCGCCCCUGCACAUUGAGCUCGUGGGCGUGCUGAGCAUACGCGUCCUCUUGUGGCUCGUACCGUCGCUCGCCUUUCUGGCUUUUGACACCAGCCUGCCGUCGCUCGCAGCCAACGUCAAGAUUGGCGGCGCCGCGUCUCUGCCGCCGCGCGGCGACGCGCACCGCAGCCUGCUGGCGCGGCUCGUCCUGCUCGGCGUCUUCAAUGUCGCGGUCGAGGUGCUCCUCCAGGCCGGCCUGCAGCUGGCGCUGCUGCCGGCGCUGUCGGGCGCCUGGGCACUGCUGACCACGGGCGUCGCGGCGACGUACCGCCUGGUGCACCGGCUCGUUGUCCCGAAACCCAAGGCGUCCUUUUUUUCGUCGUCCCUCUCGUCCCUCUCGUCCCUGUCGUCCCUCUCGUCGUCCUACUUCCCCGCCUUUUCGCGCACCACGCGCGCCCCGCCCGCCCUGCCGCCCCUGUUCAACGCCGCCUCCCAGCUGCCCCUGCCCUGGCAGAUUCUCAAGCAGACCGUCGUCCUCUUUUUGCUGCGCGAAGGGCUCGUCUACGCGGCGCACCGCUUCCUGCUGUCGCGCCCCGACGCGCGCUGGGCCCUCGUCCGCCGCCUCAGCCGCUGGCACCUCGGCAGCUACGCCCACGCCCGCCACCAGGCGCCCUUUAGCCUGCUGGUGUUUGCCGACCACCCGGCCUCGGUUCUGCUGUUGCGGUGGACGCCGCUGUACGGCGCGGCGCUGCUCGUGCGGCCGCACCUGCUGGUGUUUCUCGUCUUUGUCGGGCUGGUCACGCUCGAAGAGACGCUGGGCAUGAGCGGAUACCGCGUGGUGCCGGGCCUGCUGCUGCGCGGCAUUGCGCGGCGGAUGGCCAUCCACUACACGACCGCCCCGGCCGAGGGCGGACGCAAAGGCAAAGGCAAAAAGAAGACGGACCACCCCGAGGGCGUCAACUUUGGCGCCUGGGGCCUGCUGGACUGGGCGCAGGGCACGAGCUGGCCGCGCAGUGGCAGUCUUGUGGCGGACGCACAGGCUGGCGCGGUGGUCGUCCCAGGACUGGGUGCGGUGCAAGACGCGGCGGCAACGGUGUCGCAGGUGGUCGCUGGCGAGAAGCGCAAGGCGCUGGCGGCGGCGGAUGUGGUGCGACCGCACGACGACGAUGGCGACAACGGCGACGACGACGACUAUGACGACGAGGAGGAGGAACAAGUCGAAGCGCCUGUGGCGGCAAAGAAACGGAACGGCCAUGGCCGGCGGUCGCGGAAGCGGGUGUAG